AUGUCGCCUGAUGAGGUCAAUUGGAAGGAGAAUGUCCCAUCUCCAGCAGAUCCAUCGCUGAAAAGUGUUGUGUCCGAGCCGCUGGAUGAGCCGGGCGCUUUGCUGCAUCCGAUGCGUUGGUCAAGUUCACUGAUGAAGCCUUUUGGCGAGUCCUGCUCCGUUUCCUGCAGUCUAGAGAUCUUAAGCGUUCUCAUCAAACUGUCGGCUACUCCAGACAAGCACCAAAUGGCGCUUGAUGCCAGGAAGCACCUCGGAGCCUUGAAGCGAGAGGCUCUGCCGCUGUCGCGUGCCAAGACCAGACACGGGCCUCUAUUUGCGAAGGCGCUGGGCGUGCACGUGGCCAAGCACGAGGUGACUGAUAGGGAUGACGGGACCUUCUUGGUGACCACAACUAUUGGUGGCUACUACGGCGGCGAGGUGGACGUGAAUUUCGUGCACAGCUACGAUCCAGACACGAACACUUGGACGCAGAAGUGCGACCGUGACCCGGGCCUCCAGAAAGUGAGCAAUGCAGUGGGCUUUCGGCUCCAUGAGUCGCCUCGAACUAUUGAGAUGUGGGCUGUGAACGAGCCUGCGCGGAAUUCCGGUGUGGAGGUGGUUGCUGGCCUCAAAGGAUCCGCAGGUGCGGCGAUCUAUUCCCUCACUGAGAAGGAAGUGGAGAUUGAUGCCAAGGCCGACCAGCCCUCCAAAGAUGGAUCUGGAAAGCUUGUCGCACAAUCCGGGCCGGUGGAUGAGUACUUCAAGAGCCCUGAGCAGUUCCUUGAGAUUGCGAAGAAAGCUGUGAAGGAGGGCAAGGGCGUGCCCCAUAUUGUGGAGUUUGAGGUGCUCGAGGAAACGGAUGGUGUCGUCAAGACCAGGGAGGUCAUUGAUACUGACGGAAGUGGUACCACAAAGGUGAACUUCAUGCAUCAUGCCUUUGACAUGGCAGCGGGCACAUCCGUUUCUACGACCUACAAGGAUGACACCUUUGCCACAGCACUGAGCUCUUGGCACACGAAGAUCUACUCCGGACCCAUGAUCUUGGAGAUGUACAGCGAGGCGUUUCCUGUCCGACAUGCUGGCGCAGAUGUGGUGAGAAACCUCGCACCUCAGGUUGAGGCAGUCCUGGCCAAAGCUGUGGAAGAGACCGCGGCAAGCAGCUGA